AUGUCAAUUUAUCAAUCACAUAAUGUUUUUCCAACUUUUAGACUGGAGAGUAGUAAAUACUACCCAAAUUUAUUGAAUUGUAAAGAUACCAAUGGAAAUAUUAACAUGAUAUUUGAACCAAAUUUAUAUACAUUCGAAACCCCUAACCAUAAUGACAGCCAAAUCAAGGUUGUUAAUGUAGAUCAAUUUAUAAUUAAUAAAACCUGCAAAAACUGUAAAGCAUUGCAAUCCAAUAUAAGUUUUGAUUUUAAUAACACUAACCUCAAUAUUUCUACUAAUUGGGUCUGUCCCUUUUGCCAAAACAUUAAUCGCAACCUUACCAGAAAUCUUGAUAAUGACCUUUCAGACUAUUUGAAUUCCAACACUAACUAUACUUUGUACGAUUCGUGUACUCCGCCCAUACAUGGACUUUCAGAAAACUUGAAAAUGGUUUUGAUUUUAGAUUUGGUUUUGCAAGAUGAAUUUGAAUUUGAUCAGUUAAAGUAUUUCAUGACAAAAUUUGAAAACUUACUAUUGGCCAAUCAAAAAAACAAUGAGUUGGUGCCGAGUAUUUGUAUUGUACUAUUGGGAAAUGAUUCCAAAGUUAGUCUCCAUUUAACUGAUACUGAAAUACCAUUAACUAUUAAAAGUUUGAAAGAUUUGCACAGUAGUCUUGUUAAUAAACUAUGGAUCCAUGAUACCACUCAAGUUCAUAUGAUUUUCCAGAAUGUUUUAAAUAUAGUUGCAAAAACGAAUAAGAAAAAUUCACACAAAAAAAGACUGAAAAGAGCCAUUGGCUUUGGUCUAGAAGUAGCUAAUGGAAUAACUGCACUAGAUCUACGUGCCCAGUCAUCCGCUCCCUCAGAUAUUAAAUCAUGUUAUAAAAUUACAAGUGUUCUUUUUGGACCAGCAACUGCUUCCCCAGGUAAAAUUGUCUCUUCUUCGAUGAAAAGCACAAUUAGAGAUUUUAAAACAGUCAAAGAACCACAACUUUUAAAAGAUUCUAUGAAAUAUUAUGCACAAGUGUUAUCCUCCUCGCCAGAGUUCGAUCAAGUUAUAGGAUAUGAUUUCAUAGUCUGCAGUGUCCAAGACAUUGGUUUGUGGGAAAUGUUGCCCAAUGAUAAAUGUAGAUUGGUUACAUUUCAAGACAGUUUUGUUGAUAGUUUGCAGUUUGAAAUGGAUUUAAACCAAUGGUGGAACCAAUGGUAUAUGGUUUUUUCUGAUUUACAAAUAUUCGUGACUAAUUCAAAUAAAUUUCAAAUAAACGGUUGUUUCUUGCCACACAGAAAUGUUACCACAGAUGCAACUGUCAAUAAAACUAGCAAUUUCAAUCCAAAGCUUUUCGUUAGUGAUGUUAGAAUAGAAGGUUGUAUUAAACAGUCCAAAUUCACUCAGUUGUUACAUACUCCAAUCUUCAAAAACGUAACUGUGAGUUUUUACAUGGAUACUUUGUCUAAAACACCUAAAGCAGUGGAAUAUGGUAUUAAUAUAGGUAACAAUCAUAAUGAGGAAGAGUAUGAUGUCAAAACUAGAACCAAGUCUUUUAAUGCCUAUCCGCCAACGGUAUCCACUCAGUUUCAAUUGCAUUACUACUAUAGGGGUAAAUCUUACUAUGAAGUUGCCACUAUAAAAAAUCCAACUACAAUGCAAUUUGCUAAUACCCUGCCCAUCAAAAUAAACCCUCGUGUAUCGAUCAUUUCAUUAGUCAAACAAAUUUCGUCGUAUAUUUAUAAUAAGAAAAUAGAUUCAGAUAUACAAAAUUUUCAGUGGGAACUGCACACUUUAAAUACUAAACUAAUUGAUUUAGCAACUUUUUUCUAUAACAGAUUACAUCUGGAUGAUAAUAACAGCUUGGAAGUCAACGAUUUUACAAUGCUAUUAUAUAUGUUAUGUUUUACUACUAGUUUGUUAAACGUUAGCAGUAACGUGAGUCCUGACGAAUAUUUAAGAGAUUUGGAAUUAAAAUAUUGGAAUAAUAGUGUUCUAUCCUUUAAUGAUCUAUUGCUUGAAUUCAACCCGAAUGUUUAUAAAAUUGACAGAAAUAGCAAGGGCGAUAAGUUUUCAAUAACUAAGAUUGAUUUUACGUUAACUGUUCCAAUAUUGGAGUCGAGAUCAAUGGUGAGUGUAACCCAUCAAAAUAGUAAUCCUUCGAUGGAAUUGGAACUAGUCCUUGUGCUAAGCCAAAAUAUUUAUAUUAGAACACGUGAUGUUAUAGAGGAUAAAAAUUGGUUAGAAAACAUUCAAAGUUACUUAAUUAAUAAGUUGGGAUAUAAAAAUAAAGCUAUUGAAUUCGUCAAAAUUGGUAGCAGUAAAGAUAGAUACAUUAUCAAUAAGUUGGAUCCUCAUAUUUUCUUUGGUCCCAAUAAUUCUAAAUUUGAUUUUAAUAAGUUUAAAGAUCAAUUAGCUAAAAAAGCUGAGACUAUUAAUUUCUAG